CAAUUCAAUCAGAAAACAKUUUUUUUUUCUUUGAUGAAAAAUCUGUGAAUUACCAUUAGAAUUACAACGGAAUUUUCUUAAGACAUUCAUGAUACGUAAUAGAUACUCUUGCUAAAGAUGACAAGUUGGGUUAUUGCAGUGUCAGGCUGACAUAACCAUCGCUGAAGGUUCGAGACAUCUCUAUUGAAUAACACGAUCCAUCAUCAAAUCUACUGUGAUCUUAAGCGAAAACUCAUAAAUCAGCGAGAUUUAAACAAGAUAGCUAGCAAUGUACAAUGUGGAUUCUAUUAUUAGUAUGUUGUUUGGUAAAUGGCAGUGCGUCUCGUUUGUCGUCUAUGCCAUCUUUUCAUGAAGUUCUAACUGGCAACGAGACGGGAGAGGAACGCUUGUUCAGACACCUGUUUAAAARCUACCAAGAGAGAMGAUUAGUCGURCCAGUGAUUGACAGGUCUAAACCCAUUGUAGUGCACUUUGACGCACAUCUACUUGGCCUUGCGAAAGUGAAUGAAAAAGAACAAAGAAUCAAGACACAUUUGUGGAUAAAACAGGAAUGGAAAAACUACUUUUUGACCUGGACACCAACAGAUUUCGACAAUAUCCAGGAAAUCAUUGUCCCUUCCAGUAUGGUGUGGGUUCCUGAUGUCAUUCUCUACAACAAUGCCGACGACAGAAAUGACGGAGACAAAAAGACCAACCAUAUGAUUGUGGUCAAGCAUGAUGGCAGGAAUGUCUGGCGAUCGCCUGCUAUCUACAAUAGCAUGUGUGUACUGGAUGUCAAGUAUUUUCCCUUCGACGAACAGUCAUGUGACCUUGCAUUUGCCUCAUGGACACGUGACAGGAAAAGCCUCGAUCUGGUACUUGGUGACAGUAAAGUCACACGUAGUGCCAAAGACACCAAGUUUUUCCAAGAAAACGAGGAAUGGAGGGUUUUGUUUGCUGAAAUCGAACGAGAGGAGGUUAAACACGAAUGGUCGGAACACACCAGAGCAGAAAUCACUAUAUCCAUUCGUCUCCAACGUCGAACGUACUAUUACGUCAUGAAUCUGAUUCUACCGUGUACAUUAAUCGCUUGUACGAUAUUCUUAGAGUUCAUUCUUCCCGCAGARUCUGGAGAACGAGUAGGCCUGGGCAUUACAAUUUUGUUGUCCAUGGCGGUAUUUCAGGAACUGACRUCAGAGAAGCUUCCAUCGAGCUCUGAACACUUUCCAUUACUCGCAAUGUACUAUUCAGUGUCUAUUAUGGAGAUUGGUACAGCCCUCGCGGCAACAUGUAUAAUACUUAACAUUUACCAUCGUAAGACUGAAAUGCCWGCUUGGUUCAGGAGAGUUGUGUUACGUUGGUUGGCCACUCUUGUACGAUGCAAACCUCGUUUUACUUCAAAGGAGAUGUUGGAGACUAAACACGAGGAAGCUAUGAUGAACAUUAUGACUUUCAAAUCUGCGGAUGUACGGAGAAACGAUGUCUACGAGUUUGAUAAAGAAUCAAGAGAUUUUGAGAUGGAUGUGCUUGAGCCAUGCUCACACUCCCAAAGAGAACAGCACGCUCCUAAUGGCUCGGUUCCGUGUAAUAACACGACAAGGAGACACUCUCUUCUUCAAGAUGACGACAUUCAAGAACCCUCGCCAAACGACCCACUUCACACACAUCGCAUGCAACUUUUAGAGCGCUUAAACGAAGAUGUUCGGAGGAAAGAAUGGCAAGACGCUGCGCGUGUACUGGAUCGUGUUCUUCUGGUUGUAUCGGUUGUGAUUGGKUCAGCAUCRGCSAUGGCRAUCUUCCUUCAAUCACCGAGAAUACGCGGUUUCUUUAAUCCAUGGCAGUAGUGACACAUUUUUGUGUUCAUCGCUUGAUCAUUAACAGGUGGAUCUUUGUACUAUGUAAGCUGUUGAGCACCACCAACAUCAGGGUGGUAGUACAAACAUUAAUGAAGUAGAAAAAAGAUCGUAAGGUAGUAUCAUCAUUGAGACGGCAUAAACUAUUAUCACUGAGGUUGUACCAUCAUUAUCUUGAAGAUAGUUCUACCAUCAUUGUGUAGGUGGCACCAUCUUCCUUGAUGCAGUGCCGUUACUGUUGAGGAGGUGGUAUCAUCAUCAAUGAGGUAGUGCUAUUACCAUAAAUAGAUAGGUAUAAUACAGCAUUCAUAGGGUAGUUCUGUCAUGAUUGAGGCAGUAGCUCAUUGUGGUACCACCUCAAGUUUGGAGAUGGCACCAUGCAUCAACAUUGAGGAGGUGGUUGUGCCAUCAUCCUUUKAGGCAGCAUCAUCGCCAUUGAGGAGUUAACGUCGUCAGUGAAAGAGAUACACUGUCAUCGAGGUAGCAUCAUUACCAUGGCAGUUUCGUCAUCAUUKAGGCGAUUCCUCAUUGUGGCACCAUCGCCAGUUUGGAGUCGGCACCAUGCACCACCAUUGAGGAUGUGGUUGUACCAUUAUCCYUUACGAGGUAGCAUCUUCGCCAUUGAGGAGGUAACAUCGCCAUUGAAACAGUUCCCUCAUCAUUGGUGAUACCUCAUUGAGGCACCAUCUCCAUUCAGGAGGUGGUACCAUAAUCGCAGACGAGAUAGCAUUAUCAUCGAGAUAGUACAACGAUUGUUUGAAGAAAGAGGUCAUUAGACCAUCAAUGUGAAGGUAGUAUCAAGUGCCGGAUUCGAAUUGAACACGAAUAGCACUAYAGAUAUAAAUUAUCUGAGGGCAGCCACUAAUUCUAAUGACGUUAUGUGUGAUUUGGUGAAAUGCAUCAUKGUAUUGAUAAAAACCUGAAAAUGUCGGACGAAUUUCUUUGCGAAAUGAAGACUCGAAAUGAAGGUCAAAAAUCAUUAAACGAAUUAAAUGAGAAUUAGACUAAUGCUUGUUGUUCGAGAAAGACAAUGUGUCUCAGUUUGUACUUUUGUCAAUCCCAUGGUGCAUCACGUCGAAGUCAUUUGAGGAAAAUAGAAUCUGGACUUGUCAUGGUGGUUUCCAGUCCUUCUACACAUGCUAAAUGUAUUGCUUCCUCGAAUCUAUCACUAUGAGCAAGAAUUGUAUCCACUACAGCAUAAGCUCGUUCGUUCAUAGUAUAGGAAUGUGGGUUAUUCCCACACAAGAGGAUCACUUUAUCAUAUUUUAAUAAAACAAGAGUUUGGGUUAUCAUAAUAUGGGCAGUAGCCAGGCAAUUAGGUUGUCRACGCACUUUGCAAAAAAGGAAAUAUUACAUAUACUAAAUUAUUAUUUAUAGCUUCGCUUCUCUAAGGUGGCUACACCCAUCCCUUUAAAUCAAAACAUUUGAAACUUGUAGUUUAGAAUUGUAGUGAAAUAGCUGGAAAUUAAAACGAAUCUUUUGAAUGAUAAUGCAAUCAAAGGACUUGUAGUAGUACUUUAACGGAGAAUAUUUGUAAUUUCUGAAAAUGGCGAUGGUCAUAAACAUGAYAACAGUCUUAGUCCCCAUAAUUCUUUGCGAGCGACCUCUUAUGUCAA